CAACAAACAGUGGUCUGCCAAAGGGUCUUUGUGUUUAGAUGAACACAAUGUCAAUGCAGCGAGUGUGUGUGUCAGAUUUUGAGAAAGAAGCCAGGAAAAUUCUGCCUAAAGCUGUGUAUGAUUACUACCACUCAGGAGCGGAUGAGCAACAUACCCUGGCUGACAAUGAAGCUGCUUUUAACAGGUGGAAUCUUGUCCCGCGGGUACUGAGGGACGUGUCCACAGUGGAUCUGUCUGUCUCUCUAUUGGGCCAGAAGCUCAGCAUGCCUAUCUGUGUUGCUGCCACAGCAAUGCAGAGGAUGGCUCAUCCUGAGGGGGAAAUAGCAACAGCAAGAGCAUGCCAAACAUUGGGAACAGGGAUGAUGCUGAGCUCCUGGGCCACUUCCACUAUAGAAGAAGUGAUGUCAGCAGUGAUUGAUUCCCAGGAUGGUGGCUGUGUUCUGUGGCUGCAGCUUUACAUCUAUAAAGACAGAGAGCUGACACUUUCAUUGGUUCGCCGGGCAGAGGCAGCAGGAUAUAAGGCUAUCUUUGUUACCGUGGAUACACCAUAUCUUGGGAGAAGAUGGGACGAUAUGCGCAACCACUUUAAACUGCCCCCACAUCUGAGCAUGUCCAACUUCUCAACAGCGUCACUGGCUUUCUCUGAGGGGAACUACGGCAAAGACAGUGGUUUGGCUGUUUAUGUUGCAAAAUCAAUCGAUCCAACUCUCUGUUGGGAUGACAUCACCUGGCUAAAGAAGCAAACACAUCUGCCUGUGAUUGUGAAAGGAGUUCUGAAUGGUGAAGAUGCGGUCCAGGCACUAAAAUAUGGGGUUGAUGGCAUCCUGGUAUCUAAUCAUGGAGCUCGACAACUGGAUGGAGUACCUGCCACGCUGGACGUGUUGGAGGAAGUGGUGAAGGCAGUACAAGGCCGUUGUGAUGUCUACCUGGACGGAGGAGUGAGGCGAGGGACAGAUGUCCUGAAGGCUAUAGCUCUUGGAGCAAAAGCUGUCUUCAUUGGCAGACCUGUGCUUUGGGGCCUUGCCUGUGAGGGGGAACAGGGAGUAACUGAUCUUCUAGAAGUACUUAAAGAAGAGCUGCGACUGGCUAUGGCUCUGACAGGUUGUCGUUCCCUAUCUGAGGUCAGCAGGUCCCAUGUCAGGAGAGCGGAGUUUGCCUCCAGGAUGUGAAAAUCAACCUGUCGCAGGAAACACAAGAAAAUUAAUUCAAUUCCUUUUUGUUAUUCUGCUGAAAUAUGAACCAAAAAAAGGUAAUGAUUAAAGUUGCUGUGAUCACAAAAGGACUUCACACUUUUAUUCCUUUUCUGAAUCGGUUUACUGAUAUUCACUGUCUCUUAAUUGUCUUCCGUGGCUCAUAGAAACUAAAGGCCAGGGAAAGUCCUUUGCAAGACCAACAUUAAUGGCUACCUUUCCAACAAUGCGACACAACAGGAUUGCAACAAACAGAAAUACUUCAGUAUUUCAAAAAAUAUUAUCAAUGAGGAGAAGGUACAUUAAUGACUGGAUGGAGUUCAGAAUUCUGAUAACAAUAUCAGGGUUAAAUAAUAUAUAUUAUGUAUCUUUCAAUCCAGGGGCAUAGAGCAAAGUUCAAUUGGACAUUUCACACAAAGCGAUAUUUGAUCUCAAUGGCACUAACUUGGAUAAAUAAAGGUUAAAUCAAUAAAGCUGUAAUUGUACUUUAUUUCCUGAUUAAAUUGUGAUAUGUCUGGAAUUACAUUGUGUUGCUAUGGCGGAGACAUGAUAAUCAAAAACAGAAUGAGACAAGCACAAGGGAUCUGCAUCCCUAGUUCAUUUUCAGGUGCUUUUUUUUUUUAACCAUAGAAAAGAAGAAGGAAAAAAUGGCAGAAAAAAAGAUAGACUACUACAGAAAAAAUAUCGCCCUUAACUUACAUUGUAUUCAACAUAUUGUACAAGAAAAUAAAAAGAUAAUGUAUCUUGUGA